AUGUUUGUUUAUUAUUUAGAGAGCUCAAAAGGGUGGAAAUGGGAAAAGAGUUCGAUAGUUCAUCGUGAAAAGUUGAUUAAGUUGCAAGAUUAUGGAAAAAAACAUCCGAAAGAGAUCAAGGAGGUUAACGGAGUCCGCUUUUGCUGCUCGAAUAAGUUUUUAAUUGGUAGAGGAGGCGACGGUACUAGAGUUUAUGUUGGAUUGGGAAAAGACGGAUACGAAAGGGCUGUAAAACGUUUUCCCAGUGAUGCGUGCGCUUGCGUAGCUGAACAGGAAAAGAGAGUUUUGAACGAACUUAACGCAACCCAGUCAAACCAUGUCGUACGUUAUUGGUUUUUAGACGACGAGAACGACAACGAAUGGUUAUUUUUAAUCUUGGAUUUAUGCGAGGAAACAUUGAUAAACUAUGUUAAUCGUAGCAGUUUGGAGGAUCUGGGAAAAAAUGUACAGACUAUCAUUCAGCAAGUCUUAAAAGGUUUGGCUGAUCUUCAUCGCAAUCCAAAACCCGUUUUGCAUCGUGAUUUGAAACCAUCUAAUAUCUUGCGAGAUGUUCGCGGUAACUGGUUGCUAGCAGACUUCGGAAUCAGUCGAAUCUUGACGACCGGUGACAGUAGCCAUCUAAGCGAGCAGAGGGGGACGGAAGAUUGGAGAGCUGUUGAGUCAUAUCCACGAAAUGGUAUGCCAGACGACGGCGUAGUACGUUACAAGAAAGAGUCUGAUAUUCAGGUAAGGUUUUGUUGGUGAUGAACAUAUAAGUAAAAGUAUAUAAAUAUAGUUUUUAUAUUACUUUCAAAACAACGGAUAUUGUGAGCGUAUACGUAGAAAUAAAAGAUAUAGAAUGUGUAAUUGAUCGUCAAGUAUUUCCCCUUUUUUCGCAAUGAGUGUGCAUAUAAAUUCGAGUAGGAAUGUAUAAGUUGCUAGACGUAUAGACUUUUCUGAUAAUUUUGCUAUGUCUCAAUGGUCUUCUUUUCGUGUUUCCUUGUCUUGUCUUCAUGCCACCCAUGUCGGGUGGCAUGAAGGUUAUAUCUCAAUUCUUCGAGCACGAAUGUUUCCCUUUGAUCUUGGUCCACUAACAAAUAUACUCUGGAACGUACUGUACAUGAAACAUGACCGAAUUCCCAAAUAAAAUGGGGUCAUUGGGGAAAGAGUACUAUGAACAGUCCAGGCUAUUCUGUACGCUAAUAUGCCGGGCAAACAAGCAAUUUCUCAAAUAUAAAAGCCAAAUUUUAACCGAAAUGAUUAUUCUUUUUUAAAAUUAUAUUAAUUUUCCUCAAUCAAGCAUUUUUUAAACUAGCUUGCAUGUUUACAUAGUAUUCACAACCUUUGAAACGUCAUUAUUUUUCUGACUGUAAUUCAAGGGUAAACACGGAAUGUACGUUCCUCCUAUCCCUAAGGAUGAUUCUUUUAUGACUAUAAUUUGGCUCUGUCAUACAUAGGUAGCCGGUAUCGUGGCAUUCUACGUUGUGACGAAAGGUGAACAUCCAUUUGGAAAAAAACGAUAUCGACUUGGCAACUUACUUGAUGGUAACCCAGUUGGCUUGAGCAUCCUGAAAGAUCUUGUCUUAAAAGAUUUAUUAUCCUGGAUGCUGAGCCACGAUCCCGACGAGAGACCAUCGGCUCAAGAAGCGCUGAAACACCCUUAUUUUCAGCCAGAAAAGAAGCAAUUUGAAAUGUUGUGCAAAGUGGGAAACCAGCCUGAGAUCAAGACAGGGAAUGUCAAAUCAGAAGUCGUUCGAAAGUUGAACUGCAAUCCCAAAGAUUGGAGAUCUCUGGCGAAUCCCGAUGUCCUGAAGUAUUUAUCCACGGAUUCAAGGAAGGGGAAAACAUUUCAUUAUAAGCCAUCGUGGACGGAUUGUUUACGACUGAUGCGAAAUGUCAAACAACACUGGCAUGAUCGUCUGAGGCCACGACCUGAAAUAUUCUAUUUAGUUGGUGAUCCCCAAGAAUACUUCCUUGCCCUCCUCCCCAACCUUCCUGUCCAGAUACACAGAAUUGUCAGGUUGUGCGAUUGGAAAGAACGACCUGACCUUAGGGAGUACUUCAUAUAA